UUCAGGUUAAUUCUUGUUAAGAUUUUCUUGUUCUUAUGGUUUGGUUUCUGUUUUGUAUUUUGAGCUCCUUCUGUUCUGUGUCUCUGUGCCUGCCCUGGUCCUACGUCUCUGUGUUCCCUCCCUGUUGCCAUGUCUGAUGUCUUAGUGUUAAGCUUGUGUCUGUGCGUGCCUUUUCUAUUUCCUGUUUUACUUUGAUAGUCCCCAUCCUGUGUGUAGUGUGUCUGGUUUUGCUUCCCCUUGUCUCAUCAGCUGUGUUUCCCUCCUGUCUCCCAUUCCCUGAUUGCUCCACCGUGUGUUUAAGCCCUGUGUUGUCUUCUGCUUGUUAUUGGUCUGUCUGUGUUACCGCCGCGUGUCAUCCCAUGUUUCGCACUGGGUGUUAUCCUGCAUAUCAUUCUGCGUGACUUUCUGAUCUUCUUCUGCGAGUCAUGGUUUCAGGCAGACCCUCAAAUGACCCAGGAGAAAUCCUUCUGUGACAGCGCGCAAUCCUGCACAUUUCUGCUUUCUGACGCUGAGAGCUGAAAGUAUAUAAAGAAGCUCGGACACUCUCCAGUCAGCUGACGCCGAGAGGAAGGAGAGAGCAGCUGCAACAUGCCUGUGAUCGGAGUGGGAAUGCACCAGUCUGGGGGGACUGCAUCAGCAUCACCCACAGAGAGAAAACAUUACAGCUUGAGCUCCCAGCCAGCCAAUGGCUAUGAACAUCAGUCUGGCAAUGGGUUCAACCACCAGGACCACAAUUCCCAGAAUGCAGAUGGGUUGGAGACAAAUGCACUGCCUACUCCAAUUGCAAACCCACAAAUUGUUUACACUAAGGUGUUCAUCGGUAACGAGUGGCAUGAGUCAUGCAGUGGCAGAAAGAUUCCUGUGUAUAAUCCCACCACUGAGAAGCUGCUGUGUGAAGUGGAGGAGGCCGACUCAGACGAUGUAGACAAGGCAGUGAGGAGUGCCAGAGCUGCUUUCCAGAUGGGAUCACCAUGGCGAUCCAUGGAUGCCUCAGACCGGGGCCAUUUACUUAACAGACUUGCUGACUUGGUGGAGCGAGACCGGCUCUUGCUAGCAACACUAGAAGCUCUAAACUGUGGCAAAGUUUUCCUCAUGGCAUAUUUUGUAGAUCUGAUGGCUACAAUCAAGACCUUGAGAUAUUACAGCGGCUGGGCAGACAAGAUUCAUGGAAAAACCAUCCCCGUAGAUGGAGAAUAUUUUACCUACACACGGCAUGAGCCCAUUGGAGUAUGUGGUCAGAUCAUUCCUUGGAACUUCCCGCUGAUGAUGUUCGUGUGGAAGAUUGCUCCUGCUCUGUGCUGUGGGAACACUGUAGUCAUCAAGCCAGCUGAACAGACCCCUUUAUCAGCUCUGCAUAUGGCUGCACUCAUCAAAGAGGCUGGGUUUCCUCCAGGAGUGGUGAAUGUGUUGCCUGGUUAUGGUCAGACAGCAGGCUGUGCCAUUUCUCACCACAUGGAUAUAGACAAAGUAGCCUUUACCGGAUCUACUGCUGUUGGAAAACUCAUCCAGAAGGCUGCAGGUGAAAGCAACCUGAAGAGAGUCACACUGGAACUUGGUGGAAAAAAUCCCAAUAUUGUCUUUGCAGACUGUGACUUAGAGUAUGCAGUGGAGCAGGCCCACAGUGGGCUGUUCUUCAAUCAGGGCCAGUGCUGUCUGGCAGGAUCCAGGGUGUUUGUAGAGGAACCAAUCUACGAGGAGUUUGUCCGCCGCAGUGUAGAGAAAGCCAGAUCCAAAGUCCUGGGAAACCCACUCUUGCCAGGCGUGGACCAGGGACCACAGAUCGACCAGAAGCAGUUUGAUAAGAUAAUGGAGCUAAUAGAAAGCGGGAAGAGAGAAGGUGCAACUCUGGAGUGCGGUGGCUCUCCGGGGGGUCAGCAGGGACUUUUCAUCCAACCCACCGUGUUCUCAAAUGUCAGAGACCAUAUGCGUAUCGCUAAAGAAGAGAUAUUUGGCCCGGUGCAGCAGAUUAUGUGUUUCCGCAGCAUCAAUGAAGUCAUCCAGAGAGCCAAUGCCACACAAUACGGGUUGGCAGCAGGAGUCUUCACUAAUGACAUCAACAAAGCCCUUACAGUCUCCUCUGCUCUGCAAGCCGGCAUGGUCUGGGUGAACUGCUACAACGCCAUGAGUAUUCAGUGUCCGUUUGGUGGCUUCAAGAUGUCUGGGAAUGGGAGAGAACUGGGGGAAUAUGCACUGCAGGAGUACACUGAAAUCAAGGCAGUCACCAUCAGAAUAUCACAGAAGAGCUCAUGAUACUGCCAGACUACAUUUCUCCUGUUUAAACCAUCAGCCAGAGUCAGAUCAUUAGAUCA